AUGUUGCAUCCCUGUGGGGAGGCUGCACGGCGUGAGCGUGAACGUGGUCGUGCAGCGACCAGCGCUGCAGCAUCGCGGUUGUUCACAGACAAGCCCGCCACAUCGAAGGCACCGGAGCCACUGUUUCGCGCUGCUGCCGCCAGCAGGAAAUAUGAUGCGACCCCACCGCGCGCAACCUCUGCUGGUAUGAAGACACCGAUCCGGAAGUCAGGGUCUGCAGGUGACAGUCCCAGAUGUGCACGGGCGGCUCAGGAAGGCUUUCGUUUUGGAGGUUGGCAGCCUCCAGCAAAGGCAGUGCAAGCAGACCGUGUGAGCAGACCUCAUCAGGUCCUUCAGGACUCUGUCCGUGCACAGCUGUCAUCGCUGAGACAUGAGAGCAAAGCAGACCAGAAGGCAGCAGUCAAGAGGCUGCUGGUUCAAUGGCAUCCAGACAGAAAUCUGGAAAGCCAAGACACCGCGACUGCCAUUUUCCAGUUCAUACAGCAGGAGAAAGAUAAGAUGUUGGGGCUCUAG